AUGGCGGCAGCAUCAUCGAACAACAACAACGGCACCAUCAUCACCACCACGACCUCGACGACCACAAACAGCAGCAGCGGUAGCAGUAUUCACAUCGAAACAGAUGAAUUCAUCAAGAAGAGCCGGGUGACGCGUGCUGCACCACCCAAACCGGCCUACGAUCCGCUGCAGUUCGUACAGAUCAAGCCGGCAAAGCUGUACGAUCUGAACAAGGCGAAACCGUCGACCGAACGUAAGACACAGGUGAUGGAGGUGAAGACAACGCACCGGGAGGUGGAAGACGCGGAGGAAUGGCAGUGCAAUUUGGACAAUUGGAAGUCGUCACGCAGGAAACGGGUAGAGCACAUUAUCGACAAGAUUACCGAGGCGAAAAAGAUCGAGCAGGAGGAGGUGUGCCGGGGUCGCAAAAAGUCCAAAACAUUUUCGGAAAUGUUGGAAAAUAGUGGUUCAAAACGACGGUUUAUUCUGCCGGAGAAUGAGGACGAUGACGAGGGUGGCAGCUUUAGUGAUGAUCUGCAUGAUCCGAGAGAUUCAUCCAAACACCAGUACAAGGAUGAAUCAACGGACGAACGUGCGACGGAUGACACGAGCAGCUGCUGCUCGUCCAAGCUUGCCGACGGUGAAUUGAAAACACCGGACCCGGAGGACGAUACGCGAGAAGCGCCCGAAAUGAACGAAUUUUCGCUCGCAAUUGAAAACUACAAGUCCAAAUUUCCCAUGACACAAAAUAGGGUGUUGGGCGGUGGCGGUGGCAUUGUGACGACCACCACCACAAGCACGUCGAUAGUUAGCUCAAUUGAAAGCAAUAGUAACGAUAAUUAUGAAAGCAAUGAACAAACGGUGGAGUCUAUUACGCAGCAGCUUUCCUCGCUAGAGGUAACGGAAAAGCGAACCGGAGAGAAACCCUCACUACUGGUGUCGAUCGAACCGAUGGAGAGCCGGAUGAGUGUGGGUAUCGAGCAACAGCAGCAACAGCAAGAACAAAGUCAGGAAGAAAGUCCAAAGGUGAACGUGAUCGAGCGGCGAAGGUUGUUCGAGCAGCUUCAACAAAUGCAAACCCUUGGUACGGCCGAUACGAAACCGUUAAGCGCUGCACCUACGCUGAUGACUGCUGGAGGACAGCAGGAACGUUCGGUGGAAGAGAAUUCAUCGUCCUCGAACGAAGAACCCCCCGGCAGUUCCAACUCGUCCUCCGAAUGGUUCGCUGCGGGCAGCAUCCGGGAACGACGGGCAAUCUUUGAACGGUAUCAAUCGAACGAAAUGAUAGCGGAAGAGCACGAUCAUCAGCUGCUGCACGUGGGUGGGCGUAGCCGAAGCAGCAGUAAUGCGGCCGUCGUUAAAAGCCGUUCGGAGUCAAACGUUGGUUUUAUUAAUGGAAGUACUGGGCGGUUCGAGCUGGCAUUAAAUCAACUAAAACGGAACGGUAGCGCCGCCGACUAUUGCGAGGACAGUGGCAUCCAGUCGACGACGGAUCUGUCCCGCAGCUCGAUGGUGUCACAGGCGGACGAGAAUGAUCCAACCUCGCUGCUGCUACUGCUGCCGGAUGACGACGGGCGACCGGGCAAAAGUCCGGCCCGGUCGGCGACACUCGAUUCGGCGAGCGAAUUCUCCGACACCGAUUGCAGUAAUGGACAGCUACUUGACAAUGCACUCGAUGUGGCGUUUGAAGAGAUGGACAGCGAGCUGAACGAAUCCGGCACCGUAGACGAUCAUACGGUACCGGAAGAACAAGCGCUUCCAGCUGCCCCCAAUCAGGAGGCGGAAAUAGUGCCACUAGCCGUAGUCCCGCUAGCGACGAACAACGAACAGCCACUCGUAGACGAACAGCUGGUACUGAUGGCUUUACCGAAGUCGGCCCUAACCCCACCGAAAGAGAAACCUCCACCGCCGCCCGUUGAUGAGGAGACGGAGAUGGAUUUGCAAUCGUUAUCGGCCGGUUCCAUAAUAACGAGCUGGAUGCAUAAAGAUGCCGGCGUAAUACCAGUUGCCAUCACGACGCUACAAACGAACGGGAACACGCAUAAUGAUUCAAUGCAGGUGGUCGCCGAACACGAACAGAGCAUGGGGUGUCGUGUGUUUGAUGAUGAUCAGUUGGGAGAUGUGGACCAGUGGAGGAGUCUGGAGAGUUAUGAAGAAGUGCAGCAGCAUGUACAGCAUCAACAGCAGCAGCAGCUAAAGCAACAUGAACAGGAGCAGGAACUGGAGCGGGAUAAGGAUCAGCAGGAAAUGUUGGUAUACAGCAAUCGGAUCGAGACCCUUCCAUCGCAUCACCACCAACUGUACGAUCCAGGCGAGCACGAGGAAAUAGUAAGCGUAGAAAGGGAGCUUCUACAGAUCGAACAGGAAGAGCUGCAACGGAGAAGAGAGAAACAAAUGUUCUACGAAAAGCUAACGAAAGCGGACACAUCCCAGCAUCAACAGCAGUACACGCAUCCAGUACAGCAGCAAUCUCACCAACGUCAACCACCUCAACAGCAGCAGCAACCACAACAACCGUACUACUACUCUCAUCACCUUCCCCAUCAAACACAUCAUCACAAUCUCCAUCAUCUGCAUCAUCGUGCUUCUAUGCCGGCCAUCGAUAGUCGAUCCUUACAAAAUGUCAAUUCGUACGCUUCGUACGAAACCCCUUUUCUGGACGAUGCCAACAGCAGCACCGGGUACGAGAUGAGCUCGUUGCAUCGCGAAUCUAUGCCAAACUUGUCACACGUUGCCGCAUCUUCAUCCCAUCCAUCCUCGCUGUCUUCGUACGGUGAGGAAUAUUCGGCCAACUCGGCUACCAGCUUCGAUGGUACUUGUUGGCCACCGGUGGUGGAUCAUCGACUUGCGCAGGGUCAUGCAUUUUUCGACAAGCGUCCCGCAGUAGCGCCCCGGCCGACGAUGAAUGGUGUGCCGCAUCGAUCCUCACUGCCGUCGGGCGUGGCCCCAAGAUACCACGGUGGACAGCAACGAAUGUCCAACAAUAUGUUUGAGCAACAUCCCAAAGAUAGUAAACAAAUUACACAGCAACAAGCGAUGGUGAGCCGUGGACAGGGAACCGGUGGAGUGAACAACACGACGCCGUAUGGACAGCAUUGGCUGGUGCAAGAAGCAGAACAAAGACGCAUCGAGCAGCAUCAGAAGAGCAACAACAACGCCAAACGGCCAUUGCCAAAGUUUGUCAUCGACGCGAUAACGCAGCGUGUCCAGAAGCUAAAUGCAGGAAGUCCUGAAAACUCGGACCGUAGCAACUUAUCGGAGGACUCAGAUCUGGCAAUGAUAAACUCGAUGAAACACCAUCACCACCAUCAGUCCCAAUCGAUGGUUCCUCCUCCGCCUCACCAUCAUCAACAACAACCUCUUCCACCACCAAUACCACCCCAACAGCAGCAGCAGCAGCAGCAAACAUAUUCCAAUACAAGCGACAAAGUGUUGAGCGUGAGUGGAAAAAAGGAAUGCUCCCAUUGCCGAAUAGAGUUGGGCAAAGGGGCAGCGAUGGCCAUCGAAAGUCUGGGAUUGUUCUACCACAUCGAAUGCUUCAAAUGUUGCGUUUGUCACGUUAAGCUCGGGGACGGCACCAAUGGUAUAGAUGUACGCGUUAGAAAGUAUCGACUUCAUUGCCAAAACUGUUUCUCUAGUGAAGAUGGUGUAAAGUUUAGUUGCGUGUAAAGUAAGG